GACAGUUUCUUUGCCCUUUCCAUUCCCUCCUCUCUUUCCCUCCUUUUCCUUUCCCUUGCCUUUUCCCUUACAUCCAUGGAAAACAAGGAUAGCUAUCUAGAAACAAGCAAAGCUGAAAGAUCAAUGUGGUUAAUGAAGUGCCCUGCAUUGGUUUCACGCUCUUUCAAGAACCCCAGGCCCUCUUCCAUUCCCACUUCUUCUUCUCCUCCUACGCCUCAAGCUGUUGCCAAAGUUAUUCUUUCCAUUGACCCUCGUGUUUCCAAUGAUGAUAACGACUCUUCUUCUCCUCAGUUUACCAUGGAAUUGGUUGGCGCAGAAAUUGGAGAUGUACCCAAGCGUUAUUCCAUGGACAUGUCAAAAGACCUUGUUCCAAUGUCUGUGUUUUCUGAGUCAUCCCAAGGAAAGCUUUCUGUUGAGGGAAAAAUACUAAACAAGUUUGACAUGAGACCUCAUGAUGAAAACAUUGAGAACUAUGGGAAACUCUGCCGUGAAAGGACUAAUAAAUAUAUGACCAAAUCGAGACAGAUACAGGUCAUUGAUAAUGAUAACGGGACUCACAUGAGGCCUAUGCCAGGGAUGAUGAUUGCUACUGUAUUCAAUGAAAAGAAGAAGACACCUACCAAGACAUCAGAGACGAAACGAACACGGAGGGAUCGUGGAGAGAUGGAAGAUAUUAUGUUUAAGCUCUUUGAAAGGCGACCGAAUUGGACUUUAAGACAACUGAUUCAAGAGACAGACCAACCUGAACAAUUCCUGAAAGAUAUACUUAAAGACCUCUGCAUCUACAACAACAAGGGAACUAAUCAAGGAUCAUAUGAGCUGAAGCCAGAAUACAAGAAAGCAAGCGACGAUAGUAACCCUUAAAAUUGAGUAUUUUUCUCCAAUUCUUCAAUGCCAGUGAAGAGUCAAGAAGUAACCACAGAGCAUUUGAUUCUCCUUUUUAGUACAUGGUUCCCACAGAGCAAAGUAAAUGAUGCCAUUCUUUGUCAUUUCCCCAACUUGGCUCAAGCAUUUUAGAGUCCUAUUUGCAGUUUGGAAUUUUAUCUUUUCAUCAUGAGAUAGAUCAUUGAUUUGUUCUAUGCUUUGAUGUAAAUAUGUGAAAAUUUUUAACUCUGUUUUGUCCUUUUGAUGGAAUGCUAAACAUUUUUCAGAUGAUUGAGGAUAA